AUUGCUUUAGUUUCUAUUUCCUUGUAACGUCCUGCCUGAGCAGAGGACAGCCCAGCCGCUGUGAAAGGCAGCAGUGGCCACCAAGGUGGUGGAGAAAUGGCUUUCUGUGGCGUCCAGUCUCCCUACCUCAGCCCGAUGGUCCCCUUUUCUGGGACAAUCCAUGGAGGUCUCCAGGAGGGACUCCAGAUCACUAUCCAGGGGACCGUUCUUCACUCCUUUGAAAACAGGUUUGCUGUGAACUUGCAGACUGGCUUCAGUGACCAAAACAUUGCUCUCCACUUCAAUCCUCGGUUUGAAGAGGGAGGGUAUGUGGUUUGCAACACGAAGCAGAAUGGACGCUGGGGGCCCGAGGAGAGAAAGAUGCAAAUGCCCUUCCAGAAGGGGAAGCCCUUUGAGCUCUGCUUCCAGGUGGAGAGCUCAGAGUUCAAGGUGAUGGUGAACAAGAACUUCUUUGUGCAUUAUGCACACCGCGUGCCCUUCCAUCGCGUGGACACCAUCUCUGUCACCGGCCCUUUGCAGCUGUCCUACAUUGGCUUCCAGAGGUCUCCAGUCCAGCCGGCUUUUCCCACCAUGCACUUCUCCCAGCCUGUCUGUUUCCCAUCGAAACACAGGGGGCGCAGACCAAAACCUCCAGGCAUUUGGCCUCCCAACCCGGCUCCCAUGACUCAAACUGUUAUCCACACGGUGCACAGCACCCCAGGACAGAUGUUCCCUAGUCCUGCAAUGCCACCUAUGGUGUUCCCCAACCCAACCUAUCCGAUGCCUUUCUUCACCAGCAUCCCAGGGGGGCUGUACCCAUCCAAGUCCAUCAUUGUGUCGGGCACUGUCCUGCCAAGUGCUAAGAGGUUCCAUAUUAACCUGCGCUCUGGGAGUGACGUCGCCUUCCACAUGAACCCCCGUUUUGAUGAGAAUGCUGUGGUCCGCAACACCCAGAUCAACAGCUCUUGGGGGUAUGAGGAGCGAAGCCUGCCCCGAAAAAUGCCCUUCACUCGAGGCAUGAGCUUCUCGGUAUGGAUCAUGUGUGAAGGUCACUGCCUCAAGGUGGCUGUGGACGGUCAACACCUGUUUGAAUACCUCCACCGCAUGAAGAACCUACCGGCCAUCAAUAACCUGGAAGUGGCGGGUGAUGUCCAGCUGACCCAUGUGCAGACAUAGCCCCAGCCUCCCGGAUGCUACCAUGCAAGCAGAGGGUGUUUAGAACUGGUGAAGCUGUGUUCACCCCCCUCAGCAGACACAGAGUCUCCGGAGCCUCCCAAGCACCCAGUCCAGGCCUGUGUUGAAUGUGGCACAUUCCUGUCCCAGGUCAACUCCAGUCCCCAGCCAGAGCUAUGCACUCCUUGCAGUGAGGAGACCUCCUCUGCCCCACCCCCUUCUCUGACCCUUUCCUUCUUUCCUUCUCACCUGGCAUCCAGCUCAGACCCCCACCCCUCCAGGAAACUACCCUGAUUCCAUCCCCCCUGGGCUUCCACCAACUCUCUUUCCCAGGGGAAAAUAAGGAAAAUGAAGGAAUAAAAAUGGUUGCUGGCAA